CCGGGGGAGGGGCAGGAAAGAGGGCUAUAAGGGCCGCUGCCAGGCGGGCUGGAGCCAGGCAGGCCAUGGCGGAUGUCCUCGGGCUGCAGAGACCGGUUCCCAACGGCGGCCCGGAGCCCCGGGACCCGCUGGACUGCUGGGCCUGUGCUGUGCUGGUCACCGCCCAGAACCUGCUGGUGGCCGCCUUCAAUCUCCUCUUGCUGGCGCUGGUGCUGGGGACCAUCCUGCUGCCUGCGGUCACCAUGCUAAGCUUUGGCUUCCUCUGCCACUCCCAGUUUCUGCGCUCCCAGGCACCCCCUUGCACCGCGCACCUGCGGGACCCAGGCUUCACGGCCCUGCUGGUCACCGGAUUCCUGCUACUCGUGCCGCUGCUCGUCCUUGCUCUGGCCAGCUACCGCCGCCUCUGCCUGCGCCUCCAUCUGGCCGACUGCCUCGUGCCCUACAGCCGAGCCCUUUAUCGGCGCCGGCGCUCCCCGCAGCUGCGGCAAAUCCGGGCCUCACCAGGGUCCCAGGCCGUUCCCACGUCAGGAAAGGUAUGGGUUUGAGGACCCUCGAGUCAAGAACAACCCCGACGAAUGCCCUCCUUUUCAAUCCGCCCAAGGACUUGAAGCCUGGGGGUCUUCCGACCUACCCUGCCCCAUCCCUGCCUAAGCCAGUCCUAGCAUCCCCUUGGCAAACUGCAGCAUCUGUGGACCCAAUGUUGGUGAAAAUUCGCCAUUCCAGAAAACCCUUUCUUUUUACUACCCAUGUCUGAAUCCUGAGUAUCUGGGCUGGUCCCUGCACACACUCUCCCCCCGCCCCCCAUCUUGUGAAUAGACAACUGAACCUCACUGGUGCCUCCUUUUCCGGCAGCUCCGCUAGUAUUUACGGGCUGAUGGGUGAGGUUGGAGGGGAAGGAGUGACCACACGUUAAUAAAGAAUUAAUGAACUGAA